GUUUCGCACGUGGUGGGGUCGUGGCUUCAGUUUUCGCGUAUAAAUAAACUUCUUUAGCCGUCCGUCGGUUAUACGCUGUUUACGCCAAAGGGUUGUACACGUGUGUAUUGUUUGUUUUUAAAUCUCUGCAGUGUUUCUGUUCUAAUUCCAAACGAGAUGAACCACGCGAUUGUCGUGCUGUUGGCCGUCUCCGUGGCGUUGGCCACGUGCACUACCGUCUCACCGGCCGACAAGUCGCGGGACGACGACCGCACUAAGGCGGACGGGAAGCAAAAACGAGGCGUUUGGGGCUUAGGAUACGGCGGCGGCGGCGGUGGAUUCUACGACGAGGGGCCUAGCUACGGCACACUGGGCGGUUACGGCCUGGGCAGCUCCAUCGGGUCCGGUUUCGGGGGAUACGGUUACGCCCCACGUCACUACCCCACGCACGUGCACACGGCCACGACGAUCACCAAGAGCGUGCCGGUGCCGCAACCGUACCCGGUGACCGUCGAGAAGCACGUCCCGUACCCGGUGGCCGCCCCGUAUCCGGUCGAGGUGCCCAGACCGUACCCGGUGGCCGUGCCCAAGCCGUACCCCGUGGCCGUCGAAAAACCGUAUCCCGUGCACGUGGAUAGGCCGUACCCGGUGCCCGUGCCCCAGCCGUUCGCCGUGCCCGUGGUCAAGCACGUCGGCGUACCGGUGCCGCACCCGUACCCGGUCGACGUUCACCGGCCUUAUCAUGCCGGCGCUCUGCCGCUUCCUUACCACAGGCCGCUGUACUCCGACCACGACCUGUGGUAGACUGAGCCGCCCGACGACCGUCCGCUGUACAUAAAACAUACCCGUCUACACACGUCAUCUACGGAAUUGGCGUCUUUGCCAUAAAUAAUGCCAUUGGACUUAAAUACAUGUGAUGGAUUCAUAAUAUAAUUAACCGUGUACAAGUAUAUUGCUAAUAAAUAUACGUACACAUGUAAAUUUUUUCACGCUGACCGCCUACGGUCCAUAAUGUAUCAAAUGUCGACGGCCCUUCCGAUGCCCCCACACAUUCCUCGGUUUGUUUUUUUUUACAUCCAUAUAUAUUUUAUGUCCAAGUAAAUUUUGUUAAAAUAUCGUUUUAUCAUGAAAAUUUUUUUAUAUUGUGACUUAUAUACGAAUCUAUAGUAAUGUUAUUGCAGUAUGUAAAAUUGUAAAACUUAUAGUAUGUAAAUAAAAAACUGAAAUCUUAUUAAAUUUGUGACGAGCGUUAUUUCAAAAUGUAAAACCAAAUAAUACCGAUUAUUAUAAUAUUAUCGUAUUUUAUUAUUAUUAUUAUUAUUAUAUAUAGAUAUACAUUAUAUUAUUGUUACUGCGGGAUUUUUUCACAUCUAUCUGUAAUAAAAUGUUUUUAUUUGUUAUGUUAAUUUAUUAUUCACGUGAACAGCGUACAUAUUUUGUUAAAAUAAAAUACACGUCCACAAUGCUAGUUAAUAUAA